AAGGAGAGCUCAAUUCGCUAUAAGGAACACCAAGAUGGCGGCCGGGAGAUUUCUGUUCUGCGUAACGGGAGCGGCACGGAGGUCUGUCCUCCCAGCGCUUCUGUCCUGUGAGCUUCCUGUCCGCUAUUUGUCAGAGACACUCAAGGAGGGACAAAUAUUGCUAACAGACCGCUGUAUAAAGAGACUGCGUGAAGUCACAAGUGGAUCUGAGUUCCUGCGUUUGCAUGUAGAGAGUGGGGGCUGUUCUGGAUUCCAGUACAAGUUCUCCCUUGAUACAGAGAUCACUGCAGAAGACAGGGUGUUUGGAAUAAGCGGUGCUCGUGUGGUUGUGGAUGAACAUAGCCUUCAGCUGGUAACUGGAAGCACAGUGGAGUACACUGAAGAGCUGAUCAGAAGUUCCUUUCAACUUAUUCAAAACCCACAGGCUGCUCAGGGUUGUUCUUGCGGAGCCUCCUUUUCCAUCAAGUUGUGAACACACAGAACUGUGCUACACAGAGACUUAAAAUACAUAUUAUCAGGACUACUGACAUAUGCUGCUAUUUGAUACCCAGGGCAGUAAAUGGAACAGGUCAAGACUAAACUAAAGGCCGGGCAUAGUUUACCACUAUGUAUAUACCAAGAAAAAAAUGUUCUUGUUUUGGUAAGUUGCGAGAGGCACUGGAAGAUAAUAACAUUUUGUUAGUUCCUUUUUCUGCCACAGAGGAAAGAAAGUAUAUAUGUGUGUGUAUAUAUAAUAUAUAAAUAAAGUGAAGAAUAAUAAAGGGAUCUCUCUU